AUGCGAUGUCGAAUGCGGAAACAGCUGUUUAUUCAACGUAAUAAGGUCUGCGACUUCUCGCUCAUCUUGGCAAUAGCCGGACUGUUAUUUGUCAUAAUCGAUGCCGAACUCACUGCACUUUCAUCAACUACUCAUAUCACAAAGGGCUCACAACAUAUCCUUACUUCUUCGCUCCUUAGCCGUGCUCACAACUAUAUGCCUCAUGUGCUGUCUCAUCAAUUAUCAUGCAAUAGAAGAGAAACGUUUCUUUAG